AUUGGUUUUGUAUCUGCGCAGUGUUUCAAGGAUAUCAUAUCUAUACAUAAACCUGAACUAUGGUUUAAACUGUUAGUAAGAAUAUAGAUAGUUAGACGGGAGAACCUAGAGUUACAGUUGGGUGACAAACACCAUGGCACUUCAUCAACGUCUCAAGCCGUGGCAGAACUUAUUACUUGGAAUCUUUUGUUUCCCUCUGCUGCCGUUCUACCUGUGUAUCUACUGUCUAUGCUUCAGAAAAAGUAAGAAGGAGAAAGAUUUGGAGGAAGGAAAUCACAAUUCUGGUUAUACAGAAAAUGCAGGGAAUGUUCCACAAGAUACAAGCAUCAGGUUAUCAUUUCAUAACAAAGGUUACAGAAAUGAUGCAGAAACCAGAAGACAGGACAACAAUAUCAGCUCAUCAUUCACUAACAAAGGAUUUCAGAACAAUGAUGAGGAUAUAGCGAAUGUGAAAUGUCAUCAAAAUGCUGGCUUUGAGAAUGAUGAGAAAAACGGACAGAUGAAGCGUGAUAGACGUGAAGAAGUGAAGGAUGACAGUGGCCUUCAAGACAGAAAAAAGCCAAAAGUCAAACAUUCUGGAAAAUUUGAUUAUCUCUGGGACAGGUCAAACCUGAAGUCUCUGGUGAUUGACUUAAAGGACUUUGAGGAACUGGAUCGUUUUGCUUCCAAGGUAGAUUACAAGGGGACACUUGAACAAUUCGUGAAAGAACUUAUAAGUGUGACUAAGACAGACUUGGAGAAAACAAGAGCUGCCUGGAUAUGGAUAUGUCACCACAUAGAAUAUGAUGUUCAAGGUUAUAAGAAUAGAUUCGCCCAGUCUUCUAAUGCAAGUGAUGUCUUUCGCACACGAAAAGCAGUCUGCGCUGGAUAUUCAUCAUUGUUUCAACAUAUAUGCAGUCUUUCUGGGGUACAGUGUAAGAAAGUCAGCGGAUACUCUAAGGGUGCCGGAUAUCAAGUAGGAAAGAUAACCUCUGGUGAUUCAGAUCAUGCCUGGAACAUGGUGUAUCUGGAAGGUCGAUGGCACCUACUGGACAGCACAUGGGGAGCUGGUACAGUUAACAUGAAAAUAAACAAGUUCAAUUUUAGUUAUAAUGAAUUUUAUUUCCUUACCCAUCCUGCCCUCUUCAUAGAGGAUCAUUUCCCUGAGCUGGGAGAAUGUCAGUUACUUCAAACAGAAGUGCCUUUGGAAAUCUUUCAAAGAUCUCCACAUGUUUAUAGUGAUUUUUACAGCCUGGGAAUGGUGUCCUACCAGCCACAGACAGGAUUUAUUGAAACAGUGACGGGGAAAGUCUCUAUUGCCUUUGAGAGCUGCAAUGAUCUGAAAUUCACUUUCAACAUCAAUGAGCAUGAACGUUCUGGUAUACUGACAUUGUUAGACAAUGGAAUGAAGCUUGAUGUUUAUCCUCAACAGCCCGGUCAGCAUGUCCUAAAUAUUUUUGCCCAAAAAGAAGAUGCUGAAGAAGAAGAAUUGCAGUUGGUUAUAGAAUACAGAAUUGACUGCAAACACAUUGACAGCAGCAUGAGGAUUCCAAAGUGCAUCCAUAAUCCUGUAGGACCAAACAGGCUAACUGAAAAAGCAGGGCUUGUGAACCCUUCCCAUGCAGAUCCAGUGAUUUAUACGGAUGAUGGGUUCUUUACUAUACAUUUUAUGUUGAAGAAGAAAUUACAUUUUUUUUGUACCUUACAAUCUGAUGAAGUACAAAUGACCUCUGAAAUGGAGAACAGGCAUGUUUUUACAACAGAGAAAAAGAACAAAGUGGACAUAAAUGUUUGCCUUCCUCAGGCAGGAACCUAUGUUUUAUCAAUUUUUAUCAAGACUGAUAAUAAUGAUAAUAGUAAGUAUACGUACUUAUGCAAUUAUCUCAUUAUAUGUACCAACCCUGCAGUAGGAUGGCCAGUGUUUCCACUGACAUACUCUAACUGGGCCAAGCACUAUGAGUUGGUGCAGCCGUUAGAAGGCAUUUUACCUGCAAAUACUGAUGUUUCCUUCAAGCUUUACAUUCCUGAUGCAGCUGGAGUAUGUUUUCAAGGGCAAAAAGAUUCCCCUCUGGCCCUCUCUGACAGUAAUUACUGGGAAGGGACAUGCAGUACAGCUGAUAGACAAGAUAUCAUUGUCAUGAUCAACAAUAAUAACGAACCUAACACUUGGUAUUACUUGAUAAAAUAUGAAGUAAAAACAAACAAAACAAAGUGAUCUAACUCGAUAAAAGGUAUAACAUAAUGAUUUUUAAAUUUUACCAGCAUAGUCAUCUCCAUAUACCUUGAUCACCCAUUCUGUUGAUAUUGUCCAAGGAAUUUUACAUUCUGACCAUGUCAGCCACACCGAUGAGGCCCCUAACUUAAAAAAAGAAUGUGUGCUUAAACUGUAACUAAGCCUAAAAUAAAAAAUAAAUUGUGCCUUACUCUUCAUUUGUUGCAAUAA